ACUUUAAAAAUAAAUAUUAAAUUUUUCUGUUUCAAAGUUCCACCAAUCAAUCAUUCAUUCAUUCCAAGGAGGGAUCGCUCUCUCUCUUCUCUCUCACUCUCUUCUCUCUCAUUUCGCACCCUUGAAAGUUUCUUCUGUUCUGUGCAGGCAGUUUUCUUUUGGUUUGGCUGCAUCCUUUGAUCUGAUCAGCAAAUUUGAGAAUUCAUUUUGGGAAGGACCAUUCCUCCUUAGAGACAACAAAAUCAAAAAGCCUUUGUGCCGAUGGCCACUAAUGAAAAUCUUCCACCAAAUGUAAUAAAGCAACUUGCCAAGGAGUUGAAAAGUCUCGAUGAAUCCCCUCCCGAGGGCAUUAAAGUUGUGGUGAAUGAUGAUGAUUUUUCAACAAUAUUUGCUGACAUUGAAGGCCCUGCUGGAACACCUUAUGAGAAUGGAGUUUUCCGAAUGAAGCUGUUGCUGUCGCAUGAUUUCCCGCAUUCUCCACCUAAAGGUUUUUUCUUGACGAAGAUUUUCCAUCCUAAUAUCGCAAACAAUGGAGAGAUUUGUGUGAACACUCUUAAAAAGGACUGGAAUCCUAGCCUUGGGUUACGACAUGUUCUUAUUGUGGUUAGGUGUCUAUUGAUUGAACCAUUUCCAGAAUCAGCUCUAAAUGAACAGGCUGGCAAACUGCUGCUUGAAAAUUAUGACGAGUAUGCUAGACAUGCUAGGCUCUACACUGGAAUCCAUGCAAAACCAAAGCCAAAGUUUAAGAGCGGAGCUAUAUCCGAAUCAACAACUGCCCUGAAUGUUGAUCAGACAAACACCUCGGUGCAUAGUGCUGACAUCAAAACCACACCGGCGAGUGCUGCAUUGCCAUUGCCGGCUCCUGUAACCGCCGCAACAAGAGGCAAUAGUCAGGAUCAGGCAGCGGCUGUUAUGACCAAGAUAGUUGUUAGUGGUUCUACCGCUGCUACAGUGAAGUCUGCUGCUUGUGCACCCCAAAAGAAGGAAGGUGGACAGGCAAAGGUUCAGGUGGACAAGAAGAAGAUAGACGCCAGAAAGAAAAGUUUGAAAAGAUUGUGAUUAUACUGUUAAAAUUGUUGAAGUUUUUUAUUGGCUUAGUUUUUUUACAAUUUGAUAGAGAAAGGGGAGGGAGUGGAGAUACAUGUCUCCUGGGAAGACGGGUUCAACAUCUGCUUUUUAUAUAAUGAAUGAGUAAUUUUCAUUGGGAGUAAAUGGAUGAAUUUGAACUUGUGCUAUAUCCUUAGGUGAAUGUAAGUUAGAGAAGUGUGGGGAUUGAUUUAAGUUGAACCCAAGUUAUGAACUAAAAGGAGAAAAAAUCUAGAUGAAUGCGAGGAUUUUAAGUAAUUCAUAGAAACAUUGUUUUAAGAGAUUGUGUUUUUUA